AUGGGUUUGCUACGUUCCGAGCAGAUGAAAUAUGGCCUGUUGGUCUUGCCGGUGAACGAGGCGCAUCGCAUUGUGUCGCGGCUUGGGAAGGAUGCCACGCUUCAGUUCGAGGAUGACAACGCUCGCGACAUGAAGCGGCCCUACCGAAAGCACAUCCAGCGUAUUAAGCAGCCGUCUGUCGUCAUGACGACAAGUGCCAGCCAAUCCACUGGCAGCGAAGAAAUGAAAGAAGAAGCAGCACUGAUCCGAAGCCGUUUCAUGGAUGCGAUGAAUGCCAGUUUCCGCGCUCCCAGCCAGUGGAUCAUGUGCUUCGGCUGGUGCCUUGCCGCUUGCGCCGGAGCCGCCAACGUGGUGGCCUUCAAGAGCUGGAAGCUUUACGCGAGCCACGUCACGGGGAGUACCUCCAACAUGGCCUUCCAAAUCGAACGAUAUCAUGCGGGGGAGACGUCUGAGAGUUUACAGGAGGCUUGUUGGCUUGUUUUCUCCUUCCUCCUUGGUGCUUACGCAUGUGGACUUUUGAUUGAUCACAACUACGUGCACCUGGGUAAAACCUUCUACGGAUUUGCCCUGCUCCUGACCUCCACACUACUGCUAUUGUCGUCCUUUCUGGGAGGCCGAUUGCUUCCAGCGUGCCUUGUGGCCGCCGCCUGUGGCUUGCAGAAUGCCAUGUGCACCUCCCAUUUCGGUGGCAUCGUUCGCACCAGUCACGUGACCGGCACGGUAACGGACCUGGGGUCGAUCCUGGGCAGGAUCAGCAUGAUCUACUUGCGGAAGAGCUGGGGACAGAGACAGCUGAAUGAGAUUGAACAAGCCGAGCUGCUGGUGGAUUAUCAGAAGCUGACCGUCCUUUCUGGACUCUGGAGUUGCUACUUCCUAGGGGGACUCGGGGGUGUUUACAUGGAAAACUUCAUCACUGCAGCACCUCAGCGUGUGCUGUUGCUGCCGGCUGCGGGUACUGGGCUGCUGGGUUUGAUGCCUUGCAAGCAGGUGCUGAUGGAGUACCACCAGGCUUGGUCCAUAAUUCGUACAAGGAGGCUGUGGAGUCAAAAAUGA